AUGGACAGAAUAAGCAACUUACCAGUUGAUGUUACACACAGAAUUUUGUGUAAGCUGUCCAUCAAGGAGGCAGUGAGGACAACUGUUUUAUCAAGAAACUGGAAGCACAAUUGCGAUAUGCUCCCACAUCUUGUGUUUGAUGAUCGGUGUUGCGUCUCAGAUCAAAAUGGUAAAAUAACCAAGAGGAAGAGAAAAACAAAAUUCUGUCACAUUGUUGAUCAAGUUUUUUCACUUCAAGAAAAUAAUACCUCCAUAGUCACCUUCAAGCUUUCUCAUCAAAAUAAGCAUGUCAACUCUUGGCAUAUAGAUAGAUGGAUUCGUCAUUUGUCGAGAACCUCUGUCAGAAAGGUCAUACUGGAACAAUGGGAGGGAUCUCUCUACAAUGUCUCUUCAAGACUGUUUUCGUGUCAAGAUUUAGAAUAUUUAGAGUUAAACGGUUGUUUUAUCAAAAUCCCGUCCUCGUUUGAAGGGUUUGGGAAAUUGAAGAGCCUUAAUAUUCAAAAGUCUACCAUUGACAAAGGUGCUCUCAAAAAUUUGAUUUGCUGCUGUCCUCUGCUUGCGAACCUGAUUCUAUAUGAAUGUAAGGGUAUCGCCCAUCUCAACAUUGAUGCACCAAAUCUCAAAUACCUUGAUGUCGAAGGUGCUUUCGAGGAUCUUAAUAUUGAGAAUUCCUUGAAUCUUGUGUAUGUUGCAAUAAACCAACUACAAGCUUCUGGGAGUUGUAGCAACUUGCUAAAAUAUUUCAUUCAACUGAGUCAUCUCAAAAAGCUCAAAAUUCAAGGUUGUUUUCUACAGUGUGCUGUUGACUCCUUGCAAGAGGAGCUGCCGAAACCAUAUCUUUGUUUGAAGUCUCUUUGUUUGAGCAUACGCUUGACUAAUUUGGAGGAGAUUUUAGCAGCUAUACGCCUUCUAAGAAGUUCACCUGCCCUACAAGAUCUAGAACUUUCGGUUCGCCAAGGAGAUGGGACUGCGUUUGCUCCUGGAGGAACAACCUAUUGGUUAAAUGACAACCAGAACUGGGACGAAUUCAGCCAACUGAAGACGCUGAAAGUAACCAGCUUCUCUGUUGGUGCCAGAAAUGAAGUAGAUUUCAUUAAAUUUCUGCUCGUAAGCUCUCCUGCUCUUCGACAACUAGAAAUUCAGAUCGAUCACCUUGAUCUUGUGCAGGCUCGGAAACAUGAUCCAGCGGUGGGAAAAUCGAAGUCGUUGUUAGAUGACUUCCAGAACUGCUCAUUCACCCAACUGCGAGUUGUGAAAUUAACCGGCAUUUCAGGUGUCCAAUCUGAAGUAGGUCUCAUCACAUUUCUGCUUCGGUAUUCACCUGUGCUUGAGAAGAUGACUGUCCGGCCUGCUUCUGUCAGUAGUUCUUCGGAGCGUGAGCUAUUUAAAAAGUUGCUUCAGCUUAGGCGCACCUCGGUGAAAGCAGAGAUAGAAUACUUGGACCCAUUAAAGCAUGUGCAACGUAAGAUGGAUUCCAAAUCCGAAUCUGAAACCUCCUCCGAAUCUGACUCGGACUCAGACUCAGACUCAGACUCAGACUCAGAUUGA